AUGGCCUGGAGAUCCAGUGGAAGAAACCAAGAGGAACUGAUUUCAAAUCUUGAAAAAAAUGGAGUGAUAAAAAGUAUCAAAGUGGGAGCAGCAAUGCGUGCCAUAGACAGAGGAUUCUACACUAAGCAAAAUCCAUACCAGGAUUCACCCCAACCCAUUGGAUUUUCUGCAACUAUCAGCGCCCCUCACAUGCAUGCACAUGCUCUGGAAUCAUUAGUGGAUCACAUAAAACCAGGUGGCUCUGUCUUGGAUGUUGGCUCAGGAACUGGUUAUCUGGUUUCAUGCAUGGCUCACAUGGUAGGUGAUAAUGGGAAAGCUGUAGGUAUUGAGCACAUUGAACAAAUUGUCAACAGUUCCAUUGAAAACAUCAGACAAGACCCCAAUGCAUCAAAAUAUUUGGAAUCAGGCAUCAUACAUUUGUUUGUUGGUGAUGGUAGGAAGGGCUACGAAGCAAUGGCCCCCUACGACGCCAUCCACGUCGGAGCGGCUGCUGAUACUAUCCCUCAACCUCUGAUCGAUCAGUUGAAGCCAGGAGGUCGCCUGAUCAUCCCCGUGGGUCCCGAAGGACGCGACCAACAAUUCGUUCAAGUGGACAAACUGGCAGAUGGAAGCGUCCAUAAGCAGUCUUUGAUGGGCGUCAUUUACGUUCCACUGACUGAUAGGGAGCGCCAAUGGCCAAGGUUCAAUAAUUGUCUGAUUUCAUGA